AUGUCUGUGCACGCUGCAACAAACCCAAUCAAUAAGCAUGUAGUUCUAAUUGACAACUACGAUUCUUUUACCUGGAACGUGUACGAGUACUUGUGCCAAGAGGGUGCUAAAGUGAGCGUCUACCGUAACGAUGCAAUCACAGUUCCCGAAAUUGCUGCUUUGAAUCCCGACACAUUGCUUAUCUCGCCCGGACCAGGUCACCCAAAGACAGAUUCUGGUAUUUCAAGAGACUGCAUCCGGUACUUUACCGGGAAAAUUCCUGUAUUUGGGAUCUGUAUGGGCCAGCAAUGUAUGUUUGACGUCUUUGGUGGUGAAGUUGCCUACGCUGGUGAGAUUGUCCACGGUAAAACGUCCCCCAUCUCUCACGACAACUGUGGGUUUUUCAAGAAUGUGCCGCAAGGUAUUGCUGUGACCAGAUACCAUUCUUUGGCCGGGACGGAAUCAUCUCUGCCAUCUUGCUUGAAGGUUACCGCCAGCACCGAAAAUGGCAUUAUUAUGGGUGUGAGACACAAGAAGUACACUGUAGAAGGUGUGCAAUUUCAUCCGGAAUCCAUAUUGACUGAAGAAGGCCAUCUUAUGAUCAGGAACAUUCUAAACGUUAGUGGAGGCACCUGGGAGGAAAACAAAUUGUCACCUUCAAAUUCUAUUUUGGACCGUAUCUAUGCUCAGCGUAAAAUAGACGUGAAUGAGCAGUCUAAAAUCCCAGGUUUCACCUUUCAAGACUUGCAAUGCAACUAUGAUUUAGGUCUUGCUCCACCAGUGCAGGAUUUCUACGCUGUAUUGUCAUCAACCCAUAAGAGAGCUGCCGUUCUUGCUGAAGUGAAGCGUGCGUCUCCUUCGAAAGGACCUAUCUGCUUAAAAGCCGUUGCUGCUGAACAGGCUCUCAAAUACGCAGAGGCUGGGGCCUCCGCCAUUUCCGUUUUGACUGAACCUCAUUGGUUUCACGGGUCUUUACAGGAUUUAGUGAAUGUGAGAAAAAUCCUAGAUCUGAAAUUCCCUCUCAAGGAGAGACCUUGUAUUUUAAGAAAAGAAUUUAUCUUCAGCAAGUAUCAAAUACUAGAAGCAAGAUUAGCCGGGGCUGACACCGUCCUCCUUAUAGUUAAGAUGCUAUCUCAACCCUUAUUGAAGGAGCUAUACUGCUACAGUAAAGAAUUGAACAUGGAGCCGCUCGUUGAGGUAAACUCCAAAGAGGAACUACAAAGAGCUUUAGAGAUUGGUGCUAAAGUUAUAGGUGUCAAUAAUAGGGAUCUACACUCAUUCAACGUAGACCUGAAUACCACUAGUAACUUGGUGGAAUCUACUCCAAAGGACGUUCUUUUAAUUGCUCUAUCGGGAAUUACCACAAGGGAAGAUGCAGAAAAAUAUAAAAAAGAAGGAGUCCAUGGAUUUUUAGUGGGCGAAGCCUUAAUGAAAUCAACCGAUGUGAAGAAGUUCAUUCACGAAUUAUGCGAAUGA